AUGGAGGACUCGAUCGAGGUCAUGCUCCAGGAACGAAACUCUAAAUUACUCUCUCAUUAUCGGGACAACCGAGUUCUUGCCUUCGCGGCAGGAGCCAUCUUCUCCGGGAUCUAUGGCCUCUGGGCCAUGUUCUGCCUGCCUGGGAUAAAAGUGCCAUUUCGGCUUAAGGUGCCGUUCUUGCCCUCCACAAAAGAACAGACGGAGAAUGUGAUGAGAUUGCUUGAAGGGAGGCAAAGCCAGCUGGCUGAUCUGGGCUCAGGAGAUGGACGACUGGUGUUUGCAGCAUGCUCUUUCAGCGCUUCGAGAUUAACUCCAUGCUGUUGGCCUGCUCUCGAGGCCAUGCCUGGUGGAGGGAAAUACCACACACUCAUGUCACAUUUGUUUAAGCAGGAAUUUUGGAAGGCGUUAUGGCUGAUCUGGAGGAGAAAACUGCUGAACGAGCUUCCUUUCGAUGCCGAGGUGGUGGUGUGUCGCUUCCCAUUUCCACACUGGCCACACAGCUGCACUAGUGGCUCUGGACUGGACCAAGUCUGGGCGUAUAAUGUCUCACAGAAAAGAGACACAUGCUCCUCUUGGAAAACACAUCCCUGA